GGAGUGACGUCAAAAUGACGACAGCGAAGAACGCGAGGAGAAAGAAGGGGAAGCGAACGGCCAAUCGGCGAGCGCCCGACCUCGCGGGAGCCCGGCCCACGACUGCCUGGCUUUUUCGGGGGCCGUACACUAAAGGAUAGGUUGUUUUAAAAAGAAAUCAAAUAUCACAAAUAAAUGGUAAUACAUAUUAUUUAAUAAGAAGUCACAGUACGUGCAAGAGAGUGCAGUAAAGAACUAUUUUGACGUUUCUUUUGAUACAUGUUUCUCUUUUCUGUCGGUAGAUGGUGUCGCAUACCGCGCGCGCGGUGCCAUCUGGGAAAUUGUGGGCUCUUUGGCGCGCGCGUUGAAGUUUCGUCUGCUCUUUGGUUCCGUUUCUGACACGAAGAUUCGCAAUGGCACAAGCAGCGACUCGCCGGCCUCUUGGCCCCCAUGUUUCGCCGCGACAGCGUACUUUGCUUGUAGAAUUCAUGGAGCAACACCCGUGGCUCGUGAAAGGGUCAUCUGUUUUGACGCCAGAAGUUACGAAGGCAAGCAAAGCGCGGUUGUGGCGUGAGCUCGCAGAGAUUUUAAAUGCAGAGGGGCCAGCAAUGAAAACAGCGGACCAGUGGCGGCAGUUCUGGAAGAAAGAAGUCUAUAACUCCCGCCACGACGCAGCCGUCGUGGCCGCUGAACACAGGGGUACCGGCGGCGGCCGUCUGUGCGGGCUGCGGGGCCGCAUCCUCGAUCUUGUCGGCCACUCAAGUGCAGUAGGCGUGUGUGACGGAUUUUUCGAAGAGGAUAGCACCCUGCCGUCUUCUGCACAAUCCCUGGAUGGGCGUGCUCCAAGCCCCCAGCUUACUCCAACAACUGCUGUGCAGCCCGUCACAGCUCCUGCUGACCAAGCCACUCCACGAGGGCGACGAUAUCCAUCACGCGUUUCUGUUGGAGAUCAACCCGGUACGAGUGGCUUGUCACGUAAGUUCAGCAAUGCACACGAUUCGCCACCAGUGAUAUCAAGCUUCCCUAUUGCAUGCCAUUCUAUAAACCGCUAUCUGAUGAUCAGAUCUAGACUGCAUAGGUGA